UAUAAACACUAACGCCAAAACCAAACCCUACCCUACCCUCUCCCUCCCGUCUGCUCUGCGGAUGAUCUCGAGCACUCUCAUUUCUCGCUCUCCUUUCUUGUUGGUCGAUUUGAAGACACCUCUACAACUCAACAGCCGACGCCACAGCGAUUCUCGUCCCAUAAUUGUAGCCAUGAAGGUGCGAUCAUCUGUGAAGAAGAUGUGUGAGUUUUGUCAGAUUGUUAAACGCCGUGGUCGUGUAUAUGUAAUUUGUAGUUCCAAUCCUAAGCACAAGCAACGGCAAGGCAUGUCAACAUUUGCAUAUGAAGGAUCCACGUCUGCAGAGACUAGCUCCAAGCAGCAGAUUGCACCCAGUCACCAUGUGGGGCUAGGUCUGGCUUCUAUCAUCCCCAAAAAACAUGAAGCUUCGAUGAUAUAUGGAUGGAGUGCAAACCUUGCAUCUCUCCUUUUUAAACAAGGACAUUAACAUAGGAAUAUACAACGGAACUAUUGAGGUUGAUGAUCGACUGAUAAUGUUGCUUUUGGGCUACCUUUGACUCUUGUUUCAAUUUGUCAUAGAAUUCAUUGUUGUCUUGGAAAUUUAGUUUUGCUGUUUUGCCAAAUAUUCAUAUUAAUAAACUUUCUUUCUUAGAGAUGAUCUUAUGGUAAAUGGUGUAAACAUAACAUGAGAAACAUGGGAUGCCUUAGAUGUUGUCAAGCUCUGUCUAAUUUUGUAUGUCAACUGAGAAGGCAAUCCUAUGAAAUGAAAGCAGUAGGAAAGUGGAACUUGGAAUCUGCUCGACUGCUUCUUAAGCUAAUCUCCAUGUGGACGUGUAUCGUUUUCUGGCUUCUUC